CCUGAGGGCAACUAAAAAGCCAUAAAAGUCUCUUUGAUUGGAAUAGUUCCUUCCGCAUACGAAUUCACGACCCCCAAGUAAACGAUCCACGACAUCACGCAGACAUUCUGAAAUGGGCCAGAAGCACAACAGACGUCGCACCAGACCUCGAUCCCGGAAUCGUCACAACAAAAGUGUCUCGUCGACGGACUUCUCUCCGCCUCCGGUCACCGUCUACACACCUACCUCGCUGAUCGAUCAAACAAGCUCUUCUCCUCAAUCCUCCCCGGCCCUAUCCACCGCUUAUGUCUCGCCUAGCUAUGUUCCAGUGACCCUGCCCCCACAAUGGCACGAUGGGUACAAGGAAUGGCGGAUUCACGAGCGCAAGCUGUGGAAGGAGGCGGCUGAGAUGGAAGAAAAGCAAUGUCGUCUCUUCGGAGGUGUACCAGGCGAUGACGUGAGCCUUUGUUAUCGGAUGCUCGAGUACUUUGGUGGACUCGACUACAUAGACCCGUAAGUGGUCCCUUCAGAAAGCCUAGUCGGAUAACGCAUUCUCACAUACUCUGUCUGUAGAUUAGGAGAUGUCUGAGCUUGAGUGAGAUGGUUACCUCUUCUGUCCUUCGAUGUCUCGUUUGGAUAAGGAAUAGGCAACCGAU